AUGUCUCUAGUGCUAAUAUGGAUUAUUCAUAUCGUCUUAUUUUGCCCGUUGACAUCGGUGAAUGCAGCUCUAGGUAAUAGUAGUACCAAAAUCAUAAACGGGUUUUCUUGUGACGUUAAGGAGGUGCCCUAUCAGGUCUCACUGCGCUAUGUACCUAGAGAACGAAGACGAUGGGGCAGUGGCCAUUUUUGCGGUGGAGUUGUUAUUAGCAACCGUGCGAUUAUCACAGCAGCUCACUGCCUGAGGGAGGUACACACAGAAGUAGUCGCUGUAGUAGGUAGCACGUUACUAGACGACAAAAGUGCUACAACGAAGGUGCUGAAAAUCCGAAGUUGGCGCAUUCACCAGAGAUAUAUUAGACCUCAUAACGAUAUUGCGUUGAUCUUUACUGCUGAAAACAUAAAAUUCAUUAGUGGCGCUAUCGAGAUUCUGCCCCUUAACACAGGGGUAUUGGCCGAGGGUACCUCAUGUCUAAUAUCCGGCUGGGGUCGAUACAAUCACCAUAUUCCACACAACACGAAUGAUCUGAGGGCGCUAUGGAUACAGAUUGUCAGUGACGAAGUCUGCAGCCGGCUCUAUGGUAUACCUAAAGUAAUUUGCGCUGGCGAUGCGUCGACUACUGGGCCCAGCUUCGGUGAUUCGGGUGGCCCGUUGCGGUGCGAAAAUCAAUUGUCGGGUAUCGUCUCUGUGGGAAAGGAAACAGGUGGUCCGACCGCGUACUCAAGUAUUCGGGGCUUUCAAUCUUGGAUACGAAGUGAGCUCGAUGCCUUCAGUGGAGCUCUGCCACUGCGACCAUCUUGCAUCCAGAGACAGGUUGUUUUGCUCAUCGUCUUUUAUAUGGUUACGAUAUGAAUCAAUCUGCUCUACGCAAUAGCACAUGUGGAAGUGAAGAAGUUCAGGUCAAAUUUGUUUACAUUCCGCUUGGAAACUGGGUCAUUGUGAGCGCGUGUGAGCGAGACGGCAACAGCAGUGUUGUUAAGCGAUUGUUCGCCGCUGGGACGCAGCUUGAAAUCGCCAACAACACGAUGGCAACGUGGGGCAUGCCCCACCAGCGGCGAUAACAACAAACUGAUC